AUGGGCACCCGGACAUGUGCAGGGAGAAGCCACGUGGAGAUGAGCCGAGCACAGUUUGUGCCAGACACUGGACCCCAGCCGGUCCCGUGCGGGACGGGAGAGGCCACGGAGAUCCUCGUACAAGUCUCAGAGGGAGCUGGCCCUGAGGACUUUGACCCCAGGACUGAAGAGUCGCUCCUGCUGAAGGACUACACGUGCAGCCACCCGCUCCCCAGGCCCUGGGACCUGAGGCAGCUGCAGGUGUGGGAGCGCCCCGUGGCCUUGCAGGCCGAGCUGGCCCUGACACUGCAGGUCCUGGCCACCGUGGCCAACUCCACCCUGGGGGACGUCCUGGACCAGCCCCUGCGCACACUGGGCCACAUCCACUGCCAGCUGCAGGCCUGUGCCCUGGCUCAGCCCACAGCAGGUCCCAGGCCCCAUGGCCGCCACCGCCACCGCCACCGCCUGUCCCACUGGCUGCAGAGGCUCCAGCAGGCCCCACAGAAGGAGACCCCCGGCUGCCUCCAGAUCUCUGUCAUGUUCAACCUCUUCCGCCUCCUGACCCUGGACCUGAGGUGUGUCGCCAGCGGACACCUGUGCGUCUGACCCGCCCCUCCUGCUCGCCCUGGCCCCUUAGAUACG